CAACAGCUCCACAAUUAUGGACUCAUCCAUGAACAGCACUGUGAAUUAUGGAAACACAAAUGAAUCGUCAGAAAGCGCACUUGAUUUACGGCAAAUUCCGGCAAUCUCAACAAUAACUGGCGGCCGAAGACCAAUAUAUGAUUUCCCAGAUCUAAAAACUCGCAAAAAAACAGGCAACAAAAGAUCAUCGGCAGCUGAUUUUCAAUUAAAAAGGCGACGAGAAUUUGAUAUAAGAUACAAUGGUGUAGUGAAAACACCAAAAUUGAACCAAACCACUUCUCCAGCGCGAGAAGAGGCACCCCGCGUUGAUAUCGAAAGACCAACGGUGCAGACCCCACGAAAUAUUGGUAGCCUUAUGCGACACCUACAAGCUCGAUUCCCCACUAAUUUUGUUAAUGGAUUACCAAAUCGAUUGAAUAGCGGCAUUAUAUCGAACCCACACUCUACAGUAGCAACCAUUGCAGCGCGUCCAAUAAACAAUGCGGACGCAUCUAAUAUAGAGAACAAUCUCGAAGAGUCCCCGUAUGUCCAAAUAGGCCCACACGGCACACGCGUAUCCAAAGUGGAUUUGGCAUCAAUAAACUGGACGGAAGCAUCACUUGCCACGCGAAAACUUCUGACUUUUCUAUUUGACCGUCAAACGCUUGCGACGCACACACUCAGUGGCAAACUCUCCCCAGCAUUUCGUGACCGACAAUUGAAGGCGCAACUAGAUCCACUGAAAGUAGCUGAUAUAAAACAUUAUGUGAAACAAAAGACUAACUGUUCAGAACGUGAAAUUCGCAGCGCAAUAACUAAUAAAUGCGCCGACACCGCGAAAGCUAUCAGAAGGCGGAGGAUGUCCAAAGUGAAGUUAGAGACAUCGUUGUAAUACCGUCAUAAUGCUUCCAGAUUAGGUAUAGGUUAGGUUAAGUAAAAUGGCUGAUCGCACAUAGCCAUAAGCAUCAUCUCUUCUGAAGCCGUAGAACAAUAACUCCUUAUAAAUUAGCGAAACCUUUAGUAGCUAAUACAAAGUCCCAGUACUAAGAAGCGGAUAGCCUUUUUGAUGUAAAAGAGAUCAUUAGAUCUCCUGAGAUCAAUCUUCGGCCAAAAGGAUUUUGCGACAGCGCUGGCCAAACUUCCACAAAGUUCAGCUAACUAUUAGUAGAACACAAGAGGGUACGAGAGCACCGACCCGCUCCCAAUCUACCAAUAGUGGCUCUAGGGUGCCUUUCCUUGGUCGCUCGCCAGCUUUACAAUUUCCUGCGUCUUACCAGUCUUAACACAAAGACACUUGAUGGUAUUAGCGAGGUUAGGCACUUCUCGAACAACUCUUAAUGCACUGUCAGUGAGUUCAAGACUGGCAUUGCUGCCCUGCUAUCUGCUCUGAAGGAGGCUACACUUCAAAGCAGCAGAUCUACUGCUAUCUUAAUGGCUGCAACCUGGGUUUGGAAGACACUGCCAUAGUCAGGAGGUCUGAAGCAAGAGUUGAAGAAGGAGUUAAAGAAGCUCACUGCCCCUCUUCUCCAAUGGCUUCUUCCCAUCCAUAGCUCUCUCGUUGAUAUAUACAUAAGCCUUUGGUUGGUGAUUACAUGAUCUAAGUGAUCGAUAUGAAGUCCAAGUGUGUGAAGAUAUCUGAGUGUUCAGAUACGUGUUCUUUUAAGCACACAAAUGCUCUGAGUCUGCUAGCCACUUUCGCAGCCAUACACCUUUCGAAGAUGUCUGCGACCACAAUGUGCAAGAUGACGUUAAGUGCCAAGGAUAGACCUUAGUGCACCACACUUGCUGAUGAGCGCCGUCUGUUGAACGCUUUCGAGUUUUAAGUUUUGUCUUCGCCACAUUAAGAAUCCAUAGAACAUAAUGAGCUUGACUAUGGUAUCAUACGGAGGCUCACUUUCGGUAAGACCUCUAUAGCAGCACCUCUACAGCAAAAUAAGGCAAUUGGUGCCUGUUUUGCUCUCCCUAUAUUCAGGUUCCAUGAAAGCUUCCUAUCCAGGAUGAGCCCUAGAUAUUUCACUGGACGCCGGUUAUAGACGGAUAUCUGCUUAGGUAUAUACAAGACUAACUUUUGUACUCAUUAAUAAAAUAAUAAAAUGACGAAG